CCUGCUCUCUCCUCCGCUGCGCUGCAACCUCUGCUGCUGCAGGGGGAGCAUCCGUCCACAGUAUACAGGGUUGGACUGUGUGUGGUCGUCUUAUUGCUUGCAUCUACACCGUGUUUUUCGUCUUCUUCUUCAUCAUCAUCAUCAUCUUCAUCACCAUCGUUUAAUCUCAUCUGCAAGAUCACCGAGGAGCCGGUUGAUUGUUAGAGAGACUCUAUGCAGGGGGGAGGAGGAGGCACCGCCUGAAGCGCACGUCUCCACGGAGAUGAGGGAGGUGCAUUCUCAUUUCUGUGACUGUCUGCAUGGUUUCUGGAGAUGCAGAUGCCAACAGAUGCUACCUUUUCACUGACUGGAUAGAGCCAGGGAGGUUUUAGGAUGCGGGUCCUGAGGAAGACAGUGUUGCUAGCCAUCCUAGUGUCUGUAGCACUUGUACUGGCUCUCCUUCAUUCCUGGCCCACUCGGGCUUACAACACCGUGGACAUAUGGCAGCAACUGGGGUCGGUUAUAGAGAGGCAUCUGGAAGAGAAGCUCCCAGAACCAGACCACCAGUUAAGCAAUAUCCCUUUCCAUGUGAGGGAUAGUGUAGCGAGUUUGUUGGCACGAAAUGGGUGCGUAUGUGAGGGCGACAGUGGAGGAGUAAACCUGCCCUUUGCCCAACUCUUGUUCCCACGGGUGUCAGCUCACCCGCUACACACUGCCUUUGAUCCCUCCGAGUUGGAGGAAAUGAAGCUGAGACGGGCCAAAGAAUACGACAGUUUUCAGAGGAGGUCAAAAACACCUGCAGAUAUACUCAUUAUUGCAGAGGCUAACAGCCCCUUGCAGUACCCAACACAGGGACUGGAGGUUCGGCCUCUGAAAACAAUCAUCAUCCCAGGCUUGGCCUUACAUGACCUUCCCAGAAACCAUUACUUUAUAAACAUUACUGCCAUGCUGGGAACCCUAAACGUAGCAGCAGAAGUUGACGGGGUGAAAAUAAAAGGUGACAGUGAGAUGCACAUGAGUCUCUCAAGCAGCCUGUUGCCAAACCUGAAUCGUCAGCUGCAGUUUGUCACCUACACAAACACAUUGUUCCAUCCCAGCACUGCAGACACGGUGCAGUUUGAGACAGAAGGUCAUCAAGCCAUCUUCAGUAUCAAGAUCCGUCAUGGUGUAACGCCAAAACUUUAUAACACUGGAUCCAAAGGAGAGUAUAAUGUCAGUGCCCUCGUGACUGUAGCCACAAAGACUUUCCUGCGUUAUGAAAAGCUUCAAAAUCUUAUCGACAGCAUCAGAAGAUAUUAUCCCACGGUCACUAUAGUAAUCGCUGAUGACAGCGAAAAUCCCAAAACCAUUUCUGGGCCUUACAUCGAGCACUACAUCAUGCCCUUUGGAAAGGGUUGGUUUGCGGGACGAAACCUUGCCGUCUCCCAGGUGACCACAAAGUACGUGUUGUGGGUGGAUGAUGACUUUAUCUUCACAGCCAACACCAAGCUGGAAAAGCUUGUGGAUGUUUUAGAAAGGACCACUCUGGACCUGGUGGGUGGUGCUGUGAGAGAAGCUACAGGUUACACUGCUACCUACCGACAGACCAUCUCCAUUGAGCCAGGAGAGGAGGACGGGGACUGUUUACACAUGAGAAGAGGAUUUCAUCAUGCUAUCCAGGGCUUCCCCAACUGUGUUGUGACUGAUGGGGUCAUUAACUUCUUCUUGGCUCGCACCGACAAAGUUCAGCAAGUUGGCUUUGACCCACGUCUAGCCAGGGUUGCUCACCUCGAGUUUUUUAUCGACGGCCUGGGAAUGCUCCAUGUGGGAUCUUGCGACGACGUUAUUGUGAACCAUGCAACCAAAAUCAAACUCCCCUGGGCAAGCCAGUCAGAGAGCGACAAGACCUAUGCCAAGUUCCGUUACCCGGCAGCCUCUUCUGACGCCACGCGAACGAAAAACGGCCUCCUCUUCUUCAAGAACCGAUUCCAGUGUUUGACUCAUAAUUAGCCUCCACUCUCCCCUUCAUCCUGGAGGUCUCUCUUGCUCUUCUUGAGUUGCCAAAGAAGUUGUCCUCCUCCUCCUUUUGUCAGAUAAGAUUUGUAACAAACACUUUGGUCAGGCUUGGAAUGUGUUUUUUGUUUGGUUUUAGGGCAGACUUAACGUAUUUCACCUAUCAGAGCACAACUUUCUGAUCUGGGAAGAAGUCUAUCAAAAAAUCGGCUCAAAUUCUUAAGUCUCAGUAUAAUACGGGUUAAUGUGGGCUUUUAGAAGGUUCAUCAAAUCUUAUCUGCUCAUACAUGCUUGAGUUAUUCCAAUUCAAAGAAUAACCCAGCAGGUAGCAUCUAGACGGCCUUUGUGUCUUCUCUGUCAUCCUAUCGUACCGUGGAGUAUAUGCGUGUUCUCUGUUUUGGAAAAUCAAUAGGAGCAUCUGAGAGCCUGAGAACGAGGACUCUCAGCGAGUGAUGACAGAGAGACAUUUUCCAAAAAGUGGCGGUGCUGUAGAGUGAGAUCAGAGGUAUCUUCCUUUCCAGUGCCACAUAAACAACAAACACGUUUGAAGUCGUGACCGGGCCUGUCUGAGGGUCGGCUGCUGAACGUGGGGCGUUUUUAUUUAGCUGUGUUAUUACCUCCUGACCCUGAACUCUUUUUGUUGUCUGUGAGUGAUAAAUCACAUCUGGAGAGGAGAAACAUCUCACCCUGUCCAUCUGGAAUCACGCCUGUUCGACCUGACGUGGAAAGCAGCUCUGUUUUGAUCAACCGCUACAUGUCACUCUCGUUUCAACAGGCAUGGACAAGAGAGAAGCGUUUGCGUCUUUGCACGCUGAUGAAUGACAGGAAAUGGCUUCCUUACAUGCUGCCUGAAAGAAAAUGUGGAUAAACCAAAGUGCAUGUUUGUUUUCGGUCAUUUAAAAAAAAGGGGUGCACAAAUUAAAAAGGAAAAAUUAGUUCAAUGAGUGAAAUUGGAUGAUUAAGUGACUUUUUUAAACAAAGUGCUAGUUGUAAAAGUGCGAGCAGAAUAUGUUGAGGGGUUCCAUGAGUUUUUUUAUUCUGAGCUGCUGUACAAGAGUGCAAUGUGCUCAUGCCUGGAGUGACAAUACUGUUCUUUUAUACCAUGGCCUUCAGAUGAUGCUGUUAAGUCACUGUAUGUUUCCUACUGUCUCAAAUAGGUUUUUAACAAAUACUUGUUAACGGCAUUGAGGGGCUGGAGAUGUAUGUUUUUAUUUUCUUUUGCAGGGGAUAUUUUAAGAUAUUUUGAGAAAUGUUUCUGUCUGCCUGUUAUAGAUACACACACACACAAACACACACACACACACAUAUAUAUAUAUAUAUAUAUAUAUAUAUAUAUAUAUAUAUAUAUAUAUAUAUAUAUAUACUUAUGUGUGUGUGUGUGUGUUUAUUGCUCACAAACAGGAUUUUAACUCCACUGGCAGGAACAAGAGACUAUUUGUCAACCUUUAAAAUGUCAAACCAUUAACAGAUUUGAACUUUGGUGAAGCGAGAAACUUUUUUUAUGACAUUGUGUUGACACAAAACUUUAGUAUUUUGCCUGUUUCACCCGAUGGCCAAUAUCAACGAUAUGAGAAGUUUGAUCACAGCAUUGACCUUUUUGUUAAUUUAUUUCAAAUCGUAUUAAAAUGUCUGUGGAAAAAUACGAGCUUGUGCUGUAUGUUUUGGAGAUGUUUUGCAUUAUUUGCAUUAGUUGUUUUUCUCUGUCUACCUCCUGAAUGUGUAUACCCUUACUGUGACAUAUUUAAUUGGAUAAAAUGAAUGAGACUCUUCAACCACUAGAGGGCGCCGCACA